AUGACUGAUAAUCAGUGGAAAUCGUUGGUCGAAUGGUACGAAAAGAAAAUUUUGGCCAACAGAAUUCCAAUCAUGCCCAAGGUGUACGAGGAACAACCACAUCAGCCUACUACCGAGGUCAGCAAGAUGGGUGAGGGUCAGGAGAGCGGGGGUCAGAAAACCAACGGCAACGAGGGCAGACAAAAUGUUGCUGACGAGGGUGAGCUAAAGGUUGGUGAUGAGGGUGUGGAAGUCCCAGCUGGGAAAACUGACGAGUCGGUAGUUGCUGCAGCUUUCAAGUUAGGUAACAAUAAACCCAAAAUAACUAAUAUUGAAUAUAUCGAACCUGAAGUUCAAAUAAUACGCCCAACACCCACUCCUGUGAAUGAUCCAACAAAAUCUAUUCCCAUUGUGCCAAAACGGAAAAUUCCAGUCGAUCAACGACUAGAGAAUAUCUGCGAGAAAAUGGAGUGCAUGUAUGACACUCUCAUAAGGGUCACGAAUAUCCAAAUAAACACCAGCAGGGGUUUGUUGGAGAGUCAGAAGUCCUCGCUGCAUGAGCUAAGGGAAGAGAAGGCGGAACAGUCUGGUGAUACCAGUGACGAGGUGAAAGAAACACCUAACCAGGCUAAUGACAGUCACGACGUGGAUAAUAAUGAGGAAUUAGCAGCUGUGGUAGAAAAUAUUAUAGAGAAACACAUGAAUACUUUAAAGAGUCAAAUCAAUAGUCAAAACAGAGGCACUGACACUAGCGAUGCUAAAUUAGUUGCCGAUGCUAUCAGAUUAGAUAUCAUGAACAAAGGACCUUCAGUCAAAAGAGACAAUAAAUUAGAUAAUAGCACAAGAUUUGAGCAUUUUUAUGACUACUUCAAGUCAGAGGUCAGAUCCCAUAGACUCAUGCAUGUCAUCGAUCCAAGGGUUGAUUUCGCUGGUGAUCAAAGUACCUUGAAUGAGCAUAAAUUCAAAGUAGUCUCACUUGAUGAUCCAGUGGAGAUCUUGAUUAAGCUCAAAGAAAUCAAAAGAUAUGAGACCAAUGUCUCAUCUUUCACGGUGAGAAAAGAAAUAUCGAAUAUGAAAUAUAUUAUUGGUAAGAUGACUGCGAGUGAGUUCAGUGAAAAGUUUGAAGAUGCAAUUCGUAAGUACGAAAAUGCUACAGAUGCUGUUCCUCUAUCCGACGAGGAGAAAAGAAAUGCAUUUAGCAAUGCUAUUAUGGGUUCUGCAUCCAUGGUGCGAUUCCUCCAAUCCGCUGCCGAGCUCAAGGGUGAACAACCCCCUAAUUAUGAACAAUUGAAACUUGUUGUCAUGCAGGACGAGGCAGCCAGGAAGCAGACCAAUGACGAGGCUGGAGAGGUUAGAGCAGCAAACCUGGUGAGCAAAGACGACAGGUGUUUUGAAUGUGGAGGUUUUGGGCAUCUCGGUCGGUUCUGCCCAGGUAAGGGCAAAGGAAAACUUUGCUACAAGUGCAAGGAGUAUGGGCACAUUAAUAAGGAGUGUCCAAACUCAGUUGGAAAAGAUUUGUUUCAAACAAAUAACAAAGCCAUGUUGUGGCACGUGAGACUAGGUUAUGCAUCUCUAGCGUAUCUCAAAGCUGUCCAAUUAAAAUUUCCAGAAAAUAAAGAACUUAGAAACGUGGUGUUUGAUGAGUCUAUAAUGGAGUGCAAAGUAUGUUUGGUUUCCAAAUUUAAUAGAUUACCGUUUCCUAAAAUAAGAACUCGAGCGUCAGAACCUCUUCAGAUUAUUUAUUCUGACGUGAUGGGACCCAUAUCCCUGAGUUCACAUCCGAAGGGAUACAGGUAUAUAUCUGUAUUCAUUGAUGAUAAAUCGAGAUUCGCGAUGGCAUACCCGAUGAGAACAAAAGGUGAAACAGGUCACUGCCUUGAAAUGUUUGUUAGGAGGGGUAGGAAUCUGUUGGGUUACGAUGCUAAAGUGUGUUAUCUCAGAUCAGAUCAGAAUACCGAAUUUACAGGGGGACAUACAGUUGAAGUGUUGAAAAGACUAGGGGCAGAAUUGCAACUGGCAUGUCCCGAUACACCUGAGCAUAACGGGGUCGCGGAACGGUACAACCAGACAAUCCAGAAGAAGGUUCGAGUCUACAUGUUUGACGCUAAAUUACCCGAAAGCAUGUGGGACCUGGCUCUGUCUGCCGCGGCUUACUCCUACAAUCAUACUCCCCACAAAUCCAAUGAAAUAAAAACUCCAUUAGAAGAAUUUGCACCGGGACAUAGCUUUGAUGUUGGUCAAGUUAAAAGACUCGGCAGUCUUGCGUACAUAAAGGUACAGAGAAAGGUCGGACCUAAAUUCGGGGCAGUAGGUAUACGAGGUGUUUUGGUUGGCUACACUCCAACAGGGUACAUUCUGCUAGUACCUGAAGAAGGAAAAUUUUAUGAGAGUAGGCAUGUCAGAUUUAACGGAAAGAAAGUUUACGGUGAUAAGUAUAAAAAGGGAGAAAUUGAAGACUUUCCCGAGGUUCCUCAAGUGACUGAUAAAGACAGGUGGUUUGUAGAAUUUGAAAAGAAUUCAAACGAUUUGGAUGAUGAAUCCAAAUCGGAGCGAGUAGCCAAGAGGAGAAGGGGCAGACCAAGAAAGAUAGCCACCUCUUCUGAUGAGAAACAGAUUAUCAUCCCUGAUGAGAAAAUGACACAAGAAUCCGCUCCUGCUAAACAAAUAAUUAAUCCAGAAUUAAGUACCGGAAUGUUCCUGGCUUGUCUGUCACAAGGGGAACUGGAAUUAGGAGUGGACAAAUCUACUGACGAGAGCUGUCAUGCACUGCUCGCUGGUUCCAAUUCAGAUCCCGCGAAUUUCACUGAGACUAUGCAAAGUGUUGACGAAAAAAUCUGGGUAUCAGCCGUGGAAGAGGAAUUUAAAUCGAUGAGCAAAAACAACGUAUGGAAAAUUGUAGACAGACCAAUAAGUAGUUUGUUGUAUUUGGCAGGAACUACCAGGCCAGAUAUUUCUUACGCUGUCAAUGUCUUGAGUAGACACCAGGUGAAUCCAACUGAUGAGGAUUGCAAGAUGGUAAAACGGGUACUUAGGUAUCUAAGGGGUACUUCUACUCUGGGUCUGAGGUAUGCUGGAAAGAAGAAAAACUAG